CAAAAAUUUGGUCACGCGGUGCUUAAAGGUUUAACCCAAAAACUUAUGGGUGCCCAUAGUUUCUGGUUGCUUGUAUUCUUGGAAUUAGUUUUUUUUUUUUAAUACUACAAUUAUGUUUGAAAAAUCUUUUUUUAACCCGUUUCAAUUCUAGAAUUUGGGAAGAUUAUUCUAAUCUUUUGAUGAGAGUUUAUAUCCCAAUUUGUUCUUGGUUUUUUAAGCUCAUCAAACCCUUAUCCAAAAACUUUGAUACAGUAUUUUACCCUUUUAAUUUUUUCCUUGUAUUUUUUCUUUUCUUUUUAUUUGUUUAAAUAAAGGGGCAUUUGAAAUAUCAAUCUCCUAGUCCUAGAAGUAGAAGUAUUUCAUCAUCAUUGAUACUUAUUUUCUUGGCCCAAUUUUUGGGAGGAAAUUUCAAUUGAUACGUUUUGUUCAUGAAUCCGAAGUAGACGGACGGUGUCUGGAGAGGUGGUCAAAGGAAUAGUUUUUUUUUUAAAAAAAUUUAAUUGGUGAGUUUACGUGGGUACCAUCGCAUUUUCCUGUGGCAUUAAGGUUAGGGUUAAUGUGUUCGUACUAGGGUUAGAUCUGUUCAAUCUGAUUUUAAUCUGCUAGUAUAAUUGAUUCUUGAUUUCUAUUAGAUAAACCAUAAGGGUUCUUUCAAAUGCAAAGAUUCUGAUGUUCGAAUUGUACUAAUGUGUUGCUUAUCAAGCUUUUUGGGUACUAAUUUUUUUUUUUUCUGCAAUGUUUGGUGUAGUGGAUUGAGGGGUUUCUGCUGCUCUGAGGUCAAAACAGAAUUUAGAUCUUCCGAUCAUUAAUUUUGUUGAUGGGGACAGAACUUGUCAGAACUCGAAUCAAAGAAGAAAACAUGGAGAUUCCAUCUAUUCCACCGGGCUUUGAGUCACUGGUUCCCUUUUCUCUGAAGAAGGUGGAACUUAAAGAAACGAAAUUGAACCAUUCACCCCUGGUUAAUGGUUCAGAAUCACAAACUAUUAGUCUGGGAUCGGGGAAUGAACAUAGUGAUGAAGGUAAAACUUCGAAGACUUUGAGGCGUAGACCUUGGAUAAAUUAUGGCCAAGUUGCUACCACAUCAGGGGAUGAAUCAGAACCUGAGCAGAAUCCACGUUUUAAGCCACCGCUACCAAAAGGAGUGAUUCGGGGAUGUGGUGAUUGUCCCAACUGCCAGAAGGUAACUGCGAAAUGGCACCCAGAUGAAGCUUCCAGGCCUGAUUUAGAGGAUGUUCCUGUCUUUCAUCCGUCUGAAGAGGAAUUUGAAGAUACAAUAAAAUAUAUAGCUAGCAUACGUCCAAAAGCCGAAGCCUAUGGGAUUUGCCGCAUAGUACCUCCUCCUUCGUGGAAGCCCCCCUGUCCUCUCAAGCAGAAAAAUAUAUGGGAGAACUCAAAGUUUGCAACUCGUGUUCAGCGGAUUGACAAACUUCAGAAUCGGCAGUCAAUGAAUAAAAUACUAAAAGUGAAUCACCAAAAGAGGAGGAAAAAGAGAAGAUGCAUUAGAACUGCAGUAGACAAUGGAAAUGGUAAUGGAGAUCUCAGAUCAUCUGCUGAUGUUGGGAUGUGUGAGUCUGAGAGAUUUGGGUUUGAACCUGGUCCAGAGGUUACCUUAAGCGAGUUCCAGAGUUAUGCUGAUGAUUUCAAGGCCCAAUAUUUCAGAAAAGUUGAGAGUAUUAAGGUUACAGGAGAGAUGACUGUAACAGGGGAGCAUUGGGAGCCAUCUGUGGAAGAUAUUGAGGGUGAAUAUUGGCGCAUGGUAGAGAAACCUACGGAAGAAAUUGAGGUUCUUUAUGGAGCUGACCUGGAAACAGGAGAAUUUGGGAGUGGGUUUCCCAAAGACCUGAAUCAACUUGGGUCUGUUUCUGAUGAAAAGUAUGUGAAAUCAGGAUGGAACCUGAAUAAUUUCCCCAGGCUCCCUGGUUCUGUACUUUCGUAUGAAGCCAGUGAUAUAUCAGGUGUCCUUGUACCGUGGCUAUACAUAGGAAUGUGUUUUUCAUCUUUUUGUUGGCAUGUUGAAGAUCAUCACUUGUACUCAUUGAAUUACAUGCAUUGGGGAGCUCCAAAAGUAUGGUAUGGUGUUCCAGGAGCAGAUGCUCUGAAACUGGAGGAAGCUAUGAGGAAACAUUUACCUGACCUCUUUGAAGAACAGCCUGACUUGCUCCAUAAAUUGGUGACACAACUCUCCCCUUCCAUAUUGAAAAGCGAGGGAGUGCCUGUUUAUCGAUGUAUUCAAAAUCCUGGAGAGUUUGUUCUGACUUUCCCUCGAGCAUACCAUGCUGGGUUCAACAGUGGCUUUAAUUGUGCGGAAGCCGUAAAUGUGGCUCCUGUUGACUGGUUGCCUCAUGGUCAGAAAGCUAUUGAGCUCUACUCUGUACAGGGCCGCAAAACAUCUAUUUCCCAUGAUAAACUGUUGCUUGGGGCUGCAAGAGAAGCAGUGAAAGCACAUUGGGAACUCAACUUACUUCGGAAAAAUACUCCAGAUAACUUGAGAUGGAGGGAUGUUUGUGGAAUUGAGGGGAUCUUAUCAAGAGCACUGAAGUCACGCGUGGAUAUGGAGAAGGUCAAAAGGGAAUUUCUUUGCAAUUCCUCACAGGCAUUGAAGAUGGAGAGCAGUUUUGAUGCGACUAGUGAGAGAGAAUGUAGUGUGUGCUUCUUUGAUCUGCAUUUGUCUGCUGCUGGUUGUCAUAAUUGUUCACCAGAUAAAUAUGCAUGCCUGAACCAUGCAAAAGAUUUGUGUUCGUGUUCUUGGGGUGCUAAAUUUUUCCUAUUCCGUUAUGAAAUCAAUGAAUUAAACAUGUUGGUUGAAGCUUUGGAGGGGAAGUUAAGUGCAAUAUACAGAUGGGCAAGACAGGAUCUGGGACUUGCACUAACAUCUUCGGCACCUAAGGAGAAUUCUCAUGCACCAGGGCAUGUUAAUAAGGUAUCUCCUCCAUUGGACAGAGGGUUGCAACAGGGAUUGAGUGUCCGACCAGCUGUGAGUUCCGUACAAGAUCAGAAGCCUAAAGAAAAUGCAGGGAUUUCCAACAAUUUGAUGGCUGUGGUCCAGAAAAGUUCAGUGUUAAAAGAGAAACCAACUGGAGACGUAUUUUCCUCAGACAAGAUUAAAAUGAGCUCUCCAUUGUCAAGCAAUGUUUUGGAUGCAAAUUCCAGUUUACAAUCGAAGAAAGUGUCGCAGCCUGACAAGAUUAGGACGAGCUCUACAUUGUCAAACAAUGUUUUGGAUGCAAAUUGUAGUUCACAUUCGAAGAAAGUGAUGCAGCCUGACAAGAUUAGGACGAGCUCUACAUUGUCAACUAAUGUUUUGGAUGCAAAUUCACAAUCGAAGAAAGUGUCACAGCCUGAUGAUAUAACUGUUGCUGCAGGAAAUCAAUCAUCCAAAGGAAAUAUGUUUCCCAAAUCUGAGACAAAAAGUGUUUCUUUCCAAGGAAAGAGCGAUGUUAUACUACUCCUCAGUGAUGAUGAAGAAGAGGAGUUGACCGAAAAACCCACUGGUGGAGAGCUGGAUACUUCCAAAAAGGAUAGUAAAGAACAAGAAAGAAUUGUUUCUCAGGUGAACAAUCCAGCAUCAGUGGAUCCCACAAAAAGUGCACUCCAGAUGACUAUAGAUUUCUCUCCCGAGUGCAGACAAGCAGAAGGUGCUGCACCGAACAAAAAUUAUUUUGAUCCCAAUCAGCAAGAUCAUGUUUCCAAGGGACUUGGGUCAGCCAACGGUGAUAUUAAUAGUGGCAAUAAGGGUGCCUGUGGUCGAAUAGAGAACCCCGAAGCUAAGUUACUUGGUGCAAAUGAAACCUUUGUUCAUCCACGGCCGUGCAAUGGUGAAUUGGUAAGCAAGGAGGAUGGACAAAUGAAGUUGGAAAUGGAUGCCAAUUCAAGGCCAAUGGAUAGUUUGCAGCAUGCAGCAGGAAAUGCAUAUGGAUCUCAAAGUAAUUUGGAUAGAUAUUACCGGCAACGAGGUCCACGUAUUGCGAAGGUGAUCAGACGAUUCAAUUGCAAUGUUGAACCUCUGGAAUAUGGGAAAGUGAGCAUUGGAAAGCUAUGGUGUGAUAGUCGAGCUAUUUAUCCCAAAGGUUUCAGAAGCCGGGUUAAGUACAUAAAUGUGUUAGAUCCUACAAACAUGUGCUAUUAUGUCUCUGAAAUUCUGGAUGUUGGAAAGGAUGGACCGUUAUUUAUGGUCUCCCUGGAAGAUUCUCCUGGUGAAGUCUUUGUCCAUUCAUCAGCUGCUAGGUGUUGGGAAAUGGUUCGUGAGAGAGUGAAUCAAGAAAUUGCGAGGCAGCACAAAUUAGGAAAACCAAACCUCCAUCCUCUGCAGCCUCCUGGCAGUUUAGAUGGCAUUGAGAUGUUUGGUUUCUCGUCACCAGAGAUUAUUCAGGUCAUUCAGGCGAUGGACCAGAAGAGGGUGUGUACUGAGUAUUGGAAAUCAAGGCCCCUCAUGCAGAUUCCACCCCAACACUCAAAACCUGGUGAGAGUCUGAGAAACCCUUCUCUGAAAACAGAGGCGCCAAAUGAUCAUCAGGAGAUGAGAACAAACACAGUUCCAACUGGGGGGGAAGCAAAAAUCAGCAGCCUUUUUAAGAAGGGGAGCCCCGACGAGCUACAUGCUCUCUACCUCACAUUAAACAACCCUAAUAGUUCGACGACCAAUAAAAGUUUAGUUACCCGGCUUCUUAUGGAGGAGAUUCAGAAACGGGUGAGAUGAGUAGGCCUCCCAUUAUAUGAUUUUGACAAUCAAUAACCCAAGUUGAUUCAUUUCCAGCCUCAUCGAAGGAGUCUGGACCUGCCAUAACAAAAUUGUAACCCUGUAAAUGAUGACCAGCCCCCCAUUUUUAGAACAUAGAUGGCCAGCCAGCUAGCUCUAGGCGAUCUGGUUUUUAAAAUUUUUUUGUAAGCUGCUGUAAUGCAGUUUCAUCAGGUACAUAUAGAAUUCUGAUGUCUAAAAUUCUUUCAUCAGCUGAUUAAAGGAAAUUCAAAAUUUUUUGAAAC